CGGGCCUCUCGUUGCAGGGCCCGCCGCCGCCGGGGAGCCCGGCCCCGUGAGGAAGAGGAGGCCGUCCCGGCGAGGGGGCGGCGCCGGCGAUCGGCGCCAGGAUGCUGUUCUCCCUGCCGGAGCUGGUGCAGUGGCUCGGCUUCGCCACCUUCGAGAUGUUCGCGCACCUGCUGGCGCUGCUGGCCUUCUCCGUGCUGCUGGCGCUGCGGGCCGACGGGCUGGCCCCCGGCCUGUCCUGGUGGGACGUCUUCGUGCCCUUCUUCGCCGCCGACGGGCUGACGGCCUACUUCACCACCAUCGUGUCCGUGCGGCUCUUCCAGGACGGGGAGAAGCGGCUGGCCGUGCUGCGCUUCUUCUGGGUCCUCACCCUGCUCAGCCUCAAGUUCGUCUUCGAGAUGCUGCUCUGCCAGAAGCUGGCCGAGGAGACGCGGGAGCUCUGGUUCGGGCUCAUCCUGUCGCCCGUCUUCAUCCUGCUGCAGCUCCUCAUGAUCCGAGCCUGCCGCGUCAACUGACCCGCCCCGGCCCUUCCUUCCCGACGAUCGGCGGAGGGGCCCCGGGGUCGUCGCCCCUUGGCCGGGCCGGGGGGGCCGGGGCGGACGGCGUUCGAAGGGCGUUUUGCCGGCGGCAGGGACGUUCUAAUAAAACGAACACGCGGCGUC